GACAGUGAUGGAAGUCUAAAGCUAAUCUAAUACAUUAGCUAGUGGAAAACGAAGAUCCAGUCCUUGAGCUGACGGGACUUUUGAAAUGUAAACUUUUUCGAUGAAAUUAAACAGGUAGACUUCAGUACUUUAAAUCAAGGAGAGUUUGGCUGAUUAAACAAAAAGUACACGCCUACGCACGCGCAGUAAGCGCCAAUAGAACCGCAGGGGCCGGGUAAAGGAUGGGGAGGCUAAAGGUGCGGAAAUACGUCACGGAGCGCGUGUGCGUCACGUCGUAGGGGGCGGGGCAUCCGGGCUUGGUUUGCUCAGUGACCACCGCAACCGGGUCUGCGCGUGCUGUGCCAACGUGGGAGGCAUGGGGACCCCCGCGGGCCUGCAGGCCGACUGCGAGACGCUGCUCAGCCGCUUCCAGGAGACCGACAGCGUACGCUUUGAGGACUUCACGGAGCUCUGGAGGAACAUGAAGUUCGGGACCAUCUUCUGUGGCAAAAUGAGAAAUUUAGAAAAGAACACGUUUACAAAAGAAGCUUUAGCUUUAGCUUGGCGAUACUUUUUACCUCCAUAUACUUUCCAGAUCAGAGUUGGUGCUUUAUAUCUGCUGUAUGGGUUAUAUAACACCCAGCUGUGUCAACCAAAGCAAAAGAUCAGAAUUGCCCUGAAGGAUUGGGAUGAAGUUUUAAAAUUUCAGCGAGAUUUAAUAAAUGCACAACAUUUUGACGCAGCUUACAUAUUUAGAAAGCUCCGACAAGACAGAGCAUUUCAUUUUACAGCAAUGCCCAAAUUGCUGUCAUACAGAAUGAAGAAGAAAAUUCAACGAGCUGAAGUUACAGAAGAAUUUAAGGACCCAAAUGAUCGUGUAAUGAAACUUAUCACUUCUGACGUAUUAGAGGAAAUGCUAAAUGUUCAUGAUCAUUAUCAGAGCAUGAAAAAUGUCAUUUCAGCUGAUAAGUCCAAGCCAGACAAAGCUCUCAGCUUGAUCAAGGAUGAUUUUUUUGACAACAUUAAGAAGAUAGUUUUGGAGCAUCAGCAGUGGCAUAAAGACAGAAAGAAUCCAUCCUUAAAAUCAAAAGUUAAAGAAGGAGAAGAAAAGAAGGAAGGAAGUUCACAAGACUCAGAGAGGUGUGAAAGGGCAGAGGCAUUAGCAAAAAUCAAAUCAAAGGCCUUUUCAGUUGUUGUUCAGGCAUCCAAGUCAAGAAGGCAUCGUCAAGUCAAGCUUGAUUCAUCUGACUCUGAUUCUGCAUCUGGUCAAAACCAAAUCAAGGCAACUAGGAAAAAAAGAACCAAAGAAACAUUUAAAAAAAGGAAGAUGUCUUCCAGAAACAAAGGUAACACGAAGAAGGUACAUAAAGAAGAUAAACCUGUAAGUCUGAGUAUGCCUGUAAUCACCGAGGAGGAAGAGGAGAAUGAAAGUUUUAGUGAAAAAGAUUUCCCUGCAUCCAAGAGGAAAAGAAAACGCUGAACGACGAGCCUACUGUAAAGUGUUAAAAUUUGAAAUGAUGGAAGACAGUUUAUUUUAUGUAUUGAACAGGAAGACUGCCAGUAUUAAACUAAUUCUGUGUAACUACAGGUUAUUUCUUUGAAAUGGAAUACUUUCACACAGUUCUGGAAUAAAUGCACAAAAAUUUAGAUCAAGAAUUUACUCUCAAGGCCAGCCUUGUAGCCUAGUGACAGGUUAAGGAGUGGAUCACACAUGGGCUGCCAGUUUGAAUCUUGGAUCUGGUAUCCUGAGAGCACUGGGUGUGUGUGUACACAUGCCCAGAAUUUGGACAGGAUGGUGAGAAGAGGAUGUCCUGUCGGAGAGCACUUUCUCUAUUUCUGUUUGUCUCUAUGGUGAGCACACAUAGCAAUUUUAAAAGAAGUUUUUGGGUUUUGUUUUGUUUUCUUUUGUUUUUUAAUUUGCUAGCUAGAGGCCUAUAUCCUCACCACAGAGGAAAAAUGAAAAAGCAUUCUUCCAGGGGGUAUGGCCAUGCAGCAGUCCCCUUUCUUUCGUUCUCCUCUUGAGAUUGUGGGCUGGCAUGCACACACAUAUGCCUGAUGUGUUUUCAAGCUUCUGUUUCUGGAACUUGAACCUCAUAGUCAGCCAUGUGUGAUCUAGUCUCUUUAACCAUCAUGCCAAUGGGUGGCCCAAGAAAAAAGGAUUACUCUGAAAUUUGAUUCCAGCAUAUUCUUUCAUGAAAUCUACAUAAAUGGAGGUAAAAUAUAUUUGAAAUGUAAAAGAGGUAAUCCUUAGUAAUUAUUUGCAGCUUAUUACUAUUUCUUAUAACUUUCUGCAAUAUAUUGUCUUUAUAGUUCUGGCAGUAUUGAGCUUGUCAGAAAUUUCGUGAUGUAUUUUUCUGUUUUUUCUAUGCAAAAAUGUGGCAUGUCUUUUGUGAUGACCCAGUACUAUUGUAUUUAAAUUUUUUUUUGAAACAUUAAUGUUUACUACUGUAAAAGGCUAUUUUGUAUCUAUAAUUUGGAAAUAGAUUUGUUUAUAUAUAUAUAUAUAUUUAUAUGAUGUUUAUUUACUAUUUAGUAUAUUAAAUGAAGUAUUUAAUAUACAAUAUACAAUAUUUGCUUUAUUUUUUUAAUAUGUGAAGCUUACAUGGCCAGUGACUUAUGUGAUCAAUCAUUUAGGAAGCUUAAAACUCAUUUUCCACUUCUGCUUAAAUUCUCCGAAUUAAGUAUUUAUUUAGAGCUUAUUUUAAAGCUGCCUUUUGUUUCAUGUUUGUAUAUAUACAUAUGUAUGUUUGUGUAUGUAGACAUAUGUAUAAAUGCAUCUAUAUAUAAAUAUGAGACCAGUCAAUAAAUUUAAGUACAAUACUCAAAUACUAGUCAUUUCUAAUACAGCCUUUAUAAGUAGUAAUGUAAAUUUUACAAUGUGUCUCUGGUAUAGAAUGGUUCUUAUGAACAAAAAAACAUUCUGUGGUUUCAUGACAACUUCUCUGUUAAUUUCUCAUUCUAGACAUUUAAAUGGAAAUUACUGUGACUAUAUUGUUUGAAUUGCUCUCAGCAGCAAACCAUAUUCAUGCCUUGUGGUUUGCUUAAUCUACCCAAUACAAUAAGUUGAUUAUCCUUCAUGUUGAUUUCUAGCAUUGUAUUGGGUUGUCAGGAAGGUCGUGAUGCAUUUUUGCAUAGAAAAAUAUGUCACAACUUCACUGAUGAACUAAUAUUACUGAGAAAUUAAAAUCAGAGUUGGAGAUUUGUCCAAAUCUAAGAUGUCCUAUAGUGAAAAUGGAUAAUCUCUCUGAAUAUAUAUCAUUUUAAAAAUCAAAAUGUAAUGCUGAUUCAAUAAAACUUUAAUGUAUUAGAAUUCAUGCUAUCACAUUAGCUGCUGAAGUGACUGUUUUCCUUGACUGCCUUCAGGUAUUUGUGGUAAUAAAGGGUGCUGUUUUCAUAUAUGGACAUUAGGCAGGGCUUCUGGGAUUUAAACAUCCUAGAAUGGGGUUAGUCUGAGGUGUACAUUUAUCACUGGCAACUCAUUCACCAGGUUAUUUGCCAAAACUUGUCUGGUCAUUAAAGCUUUAUAAAUAUUAUUUGCUAAUACAGUUAGUUUCUUUCUAUUUUU